AUGAAGAUCCCCUUACUUAACCCUCCCUCCUCCAAGGUUACUACAAAAGAGAACACAAGGUCACGAGAUUUCAAAUUGCAUACUCAAGAAAGGGCCAUCCAACGUGCAAUUUUCAACUAUUCGGUAGCAAGAAAGUUACUUGUGAUGGAAGAGCAGAAGAAACAAGAAGAGAAGUUGAAGAAGAUUAUAGAAGAGGAAGAGAUUCGUUUGCUAAGAAAAGGAAUGAUUCCCAAAGCUCAGUUGAUGCCUUUUUUUGAUAGACCAUUCUCGCCUCAAAGAUCAAAAAGACCCUUAACGAUUCCAAGAGAGCCUCGUUUUCAUGUUACGAGUAGCAAAUGUUGGAACUGUCUUCCCGACACUAAAAUCAAUUGCUUUCGACCAAAAUGA